AUGUCUUCUUCUCCUGGUAUCACGCCUCGGGAACAUGUGGACAUGUUGUACAUCUCCAUUGAGACAGCUAUUGCCCUGGCCUCUGUGGUGGGGAAUGUGCUGGUGGUGCUGGCUGUGUGUGUGAACCGGGAUCUCCGCAACACCACCUUCUGCUUCAUUGUGUCCCUGGCCGUGGCUGAUAUCGCUGUGGGGGUUUUGGUCAUCCCUCUGGCUAUAAUCAUCAGUCUGGGAUUUAACACUCAGUUCUACACCUGCCUCUUCCUGUCCUGCCUGUUGCUGAUAAUCACCCAGAGCUCCAUCCUUUCCCUGCUGGCUAUCGCCAUCGACCGAUACCUGCGCCUCAAGAUUCCCACCAGGUACAGCACCAUAGUGACCCAGAGGAGGGCAUAUGUGGCUGUUUGUCUGUGUUGGAUCCUCUCCUUCCUCACUGGAUUGGUUCCAAUGAUUGGAUGGAAUAACCGCGAUGCUCAAGGAAACUUCAGCAGCUCCAGCGUCAUUGUCUGUGAAUUCACCGCUGUCAUGAGGAUGGACUACAUGGUGUACUUCAAUUUCUUCGGCUGGGUGGUGGUGCCGCUGUCCGUAAUGAUCGGCCUGUACGCCGAGAUCUUCAGGGUGAUCCGCAAGCAGCUCAAUAAGCGUGCUGAGGCCACGUGUGACGGAGAAAGGUACUAUCGGAAGGAGCUGAAGCUGGCCAAAUCUCUGGCCUUGGUGGUCUUUCUCUUUGCUGUGUGCUGGCUGCCAAUACACAUCAUGAACUGCAUUGACUUCUUCUGCCCAAAGUGUUCCAUACCAAAGUUUGCCAUGUACUUCGGCAUUUUCAUGUCCCACGUGAACUCAGCACUCAACCCAAUGGUUUAUGCAUUCAGGAUACAGCCGUUCCGUGUCACGCUGAUCAAGAUCAAUCAACGCUGCAUGUUAUGUAAAUCCACGGAGCCCACCCCGUGUCCCAUCAGCACACCGGCUCUGGCGAAGAAAGUGGACGUAGACCUGUAA